AUGGCAGCCAAGAGGCCCCCAGGACUUGGUCUGGCAUCCGAAAGAGGUACUGGAGCAGGGAUGGAGAGUCCUGGGCGCGACGUUGCUCCGCGAGCAGACACCCGCUCAACCACCUCCAGCUUCCUCGUAGCCCGCGGGGCCCCGGCGAACCCAGGACCUGGCACCCUGGCAGCCCCGCUCCUCCCUGCGCCGAACUCCCAACUCCAGAGGCGGCAGAGCCACGAGGACUCCAGCAAUCCCGCCGGCGCGCGCUCACCUAAAGACCCAGGAAAGGCGGGGGAAUACAGGGAGACAGGUUUUCGCCAGGUCUACAUCCGGGGCACCCGCCCGCCACCACCCGGAAGAGAACUGCGGAAGGCGCCAGGGAAGGCCGGAAGUGGCUUCACUCGUGUUAGACGACUAACUGAAGGAGCGGGCGGAAGUGGGAAGAGCCAUAAUAGGAGAGGUGGCAGUGGCACCUGUGCCCAGUACCGAGGCCGUAAGUCCCUUGUGCCCUCAUCUCAGGGUUUCCUCCCAGAUUGGACUACCGUGAAACCGCACCACAGGUCCGUGCUCAGUUUCUUCCGUGGGUACAGAACACAGGCUCCGGACCGGGAAGGCAUCCUGCUGAAGAAGGGGGCCAGAAAUAGCAGCUGCCAGCACCGCUGGUUCAUCCUCCGGGGAAACCUCCUCUUCUACCUGGAACACCAGGCUGACCCACACACCCCUGAGCCUCAUCCUGUUAGAGAACUGCCAGGUGGAGCCACGCCUUGGGGCCACAGAACCCUACGCCUUUACCAUCCUGACCCCAGGGGUAGAAGGGGGACAGGCCUACAAGCUGGCAGCAGAAAACCAGGAGAAGCUGGGAGCCUGGCUGUGCUGCUACGCCCCCUGGAGGCCCAGCACCAGGAGCUGUGCCAGGCAGCUGGACAAGAGACCAGCUCACCCCCAGAGGACUGGGGCUCCCCACAGUACAGAGAGGGCAGUACCCUCUCCAGCUUGCAGGAGUUGCACGAGCACUUUGGGAAGGAGAUCCGGGUGCUGCAGGCGGCGGGCGCACAGACGGCUCCAGGAGGCCAGUGCAACGGAGGCAGCGGAUCCCAGGCAGAGGUGGAGCGGGAGCUCAACCACUGUCUGUUGAUGAAUGACUAACAGACCAAAGGCCAAAAGGUACCUACCUGCCGAGACCAGGAGACCAGCCGAUUGCUUCAAGAGACACCCAGAUCCUGACUAGCUCCAUCACUCCCUCCCUCCUUCCUUGUCCUUAUUCUAACCCCCUUCAUCAAAUAACAAUGCAGGAGACA